CCUUCAUGCUUGCAUUGAGCCACGCCUCAAACCGGCAGAGAAACCGACCAUGGACGCGUCAACCCUACCGGUACAUCUGGGCUAUCUAAACGAUGCGGCUCAUCUCCUCCGGGUAUCGGCCCCUGAGACUUCGGCCUACCUCAUGAGCCGCCACAACGAGCUCAUGUUCCUCAACGAUGCCGAGCAAAACGACGUCCGAAGGCAACACGUCUGCGGUGCCUGCGGCCACAUCAUGAUCCCCGGCCAGGGCACCACGCUCAAGCUCGAGACCGAAAAGGCGCUGAAGAGAAAGCGGCGCGGUAACAUCAAGACGCGCGACCCCAAGGCGGCCAAGGAUGAGCUUCGGCAACGCGCCGGGACGAGAAAGCUUUUCACCUGCGGACACUGCAGCCGAACGACCAACAUCCCGUUGCCCCCUCCGCCGCCCGCUGUGAGACGUCGAACAAAGUCCGAGCAGCAUCCCGCAGCAAAGGGUCGCCAGGUUCCGACAGCCGAACCAGCCAAGCCGGCAACGUCCAACUCGAGCAGCAAGAAGCGGGCGAAGAACCGCAAGGCCGGGUUGCAGGCGCUGUUGAGCCAGGCCAAGACGUCAUCGUCCGGGAGCAGGAACCUGAGUCUCGCCGACUUUGGGCGACUGGGAUGAGAGGCUCACAUUUCCCCAAAGGAGCGGGGAGGGGCGGUCAAUAUCCCAGAAUUCCCAUCUUCGAAUCCUGGUGGAUAAAUUCGCACUUUCGAUUUCUAAGACUUGGCUCCGCGGGCGGCAUUACAAACCGACUGACGGGCAGGCUAUUCUCGGGAAUAUUCUCGAAGGUUUCCUGCCUUGGGUGCCCCCCUCCUGGCCUCUCCAAGGGAGUCAGGGACCCAAAGGGGACCCGCUUAAUGACACACGUCGACGUCGGUGCCCAUCCUGCAGG